CAACCAUCGUAUAAGAUAAACAGCAACUGGAAGCUCAUCAAUCCUGUGUAUUGAGCCCAAUGUUACAAGCUGGAUCAUAUGUUGUUCGCAGAACCCCUUUACACCGAAGCUCAGGCCUUUUCCUGUGGAGGGGCCAACCCCCAAGUGGUGACGAGGGUUCCGGCCCCCCAGCCCACACCUCUGAUUGGCUCGCUCUCAUGUGACCUUCGACCCGGACUGCAGGUGUAAUUCAGACCCCGCUUGAGCAGAGGAUUGCCCGGUUGUGUGCUUUCGGAAACACACGAGGAAGUUUGUUGCAAAUGCAUCGUACCUUCAGACGUCAAGAGGCUUUGUUUGAGUGCUGUACACUUACUUUGAGGCUGUGUCUCAACAGCUGUGAUGGUGUGUGCCACUGGUAAGUGCUAACGUGCAAGUAAUCUUGUCCUCGUGAUCUAAAAAAAAACUCAAGGUCAGUGAUGCCUGCAAACACAGAUAAUUAUAAUGAUGUCAUUAAGUGUUUGUACAUUUCUUAUGCACUAGUUGUGAAUUAAAAAAAAAAAAAUCAAAGGAGAAGUAUCUCUUUUUAACUUGUAUUUUCCACUUGUGGAUAAAGAAAAUAUGCAUGACAGUUUGAGUCAGUACCAGUGUCUUGCAAUGAAAUAAGUUUUUGCAAGUAGUGCUGUCUUUAGUUUAGACUUAAUUGUGUUAAGUAAUAUUUCUUAACUGUGAAAUUAUUUUCUGUGGGUAACUUGCUCUCCAGCGGGAAACACAGCGCUGCGCGACAUGCUGAGGCUGCUGGCGGACUGCGCGCUGGCGUGCAUGCUGGGCGCGGCGGCGGCCGUGAUCCCGGCGGUGGCGUGGCUGCUGGUGGCGCGGGGACGCUACUCCGCGCCCGGCUGGAACCACCGCCUCAAGCGCUGGUGGGCGCGCCAGCGGCUGGGACACGGCUACUCCGGCCACACGGCCGGCUGCUGCGGCACGGCGCCCGCCGGCGCUUCCCGGGACGAGCGGGCCGAGCGCCCCAGGAAACUCGCUGGGGAGGACUUUGCGGACAGCAUGGCGGUGCAGGGAGCCGACCUGGAGGGGAACUGGCUCGUGGUGAGGGUCGGGCGACGCAGGAAGCACAUGGCCACGGUCUGGCUGCAGCUGCAGCUGCGAGAUGGAGCCAUCUACCAGCUGCCAGACCACCCCAACACGACGGUGCACAACAUCCAGACCGGGUCGUGGAGCGCCAGGGGCCUCAAGCUGCAGAUGUGCCAGCCUCUGCUCAGGUGGAGGAUCACCUUCAACGGGAUGCUGAGGCGGGGAAUCAUUAAUGAAUAUCGUGAAAGUGAUGAUCAAGAAGAAGAUUUGGAACAUGUUCGUUUCAGCUUCAUGUGGACGGCGUGCAGCCAUGCCGUGCCGUGCGACGAGAGCUGCAGCGCGGGGCUGCUGAGCGACGCUGUGGCCCGCGAGCGCUGGAAGGACGGCAGCUGGAGGAACAUGGCGCGGGAGCUGGGAGCGGGCUACGACCAGUGGGGCGCGCUGCAGGGGGCCGUGAGCGUGGCCGGCCGGCCGGAGCAGCUUCUGUACCUGCGGGGGCUGCGCCAGAGGCGGUGGGGACCCGACCCCCCGCCCGCCCUGCGCCGCGCGGUCGGCCUGGUGGUGGUGCAGGAUGACGGGCUCAUGGUGUCCCUCUCCGCGCACAGCUACCGCUCCGGCCUGUCCCAUGUCCUGAUGGGCCACGUACUCGACAACAAAGGGAAGCAGUUCCUUAUUGAUUCUUGCAACUUCUCCUUGCCAGAUUUUGGAGAAGAGUACAACAACAUUCCUGAAGAGACACGCAUCAAAUUCUCUGCCGGGGGCAGGAGCUACGAGGCAAAGCUGCAGGUCCCGGCAGGCGACCGCGCCACGCUGUUCGACGGCUGGCCCUGGGCGCUUGCGACGACGUUGGCUCCCUCGCGGUGGAGCUCGGGGGGCCGUCGCGGGACGGGGCUCCUGCAGUGCUGCUACCGGUACGAUGGCAGCUGUCCCGUGGUCCCGCCCGCCCGAGCGCCGCUCCUGGUGGAGUCCUCCGCUGCGGACUGCCCCCUGGUGGUGUCCCUCGGGGAGGAGGCGUGUCGCGACAGCAGCUGCGUCGGGGGCAAGGCGGCGUCCCUCGCGCUGCUCUCCGCCCUGCAGGAUCGCCAGGUGGUGGUUCCUCCCGGCUUGUGCCUCACGGUGGCAGCCUUCCAGCGACAGCUGCGCGAGAACAGCAGCCUGCAGGAAGCCGUGUCCGCUCUGGAGGACAUCAGCACGGGCAGGACGCACGGCGACCUGAAGACACAGUGUGAAAGGACGGUGGCGGAGUUCGAGCGGACGGAGGUGUGCGCGCCGGUGAGGGAAGCCGUGCUGGGCACUUCCUGCGGCGUGGACCUGGCGCGCCCGUGCGCGGUGCGCUCCUCGGCCGUGGGGGAGGACUCGGAGGAGACGUCCGCGGCCGGGCAGAACGCGACGCUGCUGGGCGUGCGGGGGCAGGGGGGGGUGAUGCGCGCCGUGCAGCGCUGCUGGGCCUCCUGCUUCUCCUUCCGGUCCGUGCAGUACAGGAGGCAGCACGGCCAGCCGGUGGGCGCCGGCCUCAUGGGCGUGGUCGUUCAGCAGAUGGUGACCCCGCGGUGUGCGGGAGUGAUGUUCACCGCCCACCCCGUCUCCGGGAACCCGCGCCAGGUGGUCAUCACGGCCAACUACGGCCUGGGAGAGAGCGUGGUGUCAGCGGAGGUGGAGCCAGACAGCAUCACGCUGCUGCGGUCUUCGGGCGACGCGCUGGUGGUCCACAGCGUCUCCAGGGGCAGCAAGUCUCACAAGGUCACACUGGCAGAGGGCGGCGGAGUGGCGACGGAGCGGCUCAGCGAGGCCGAGGCGAGCCGGCUGAGCGUCUCGACGGACGAGGCCCUGGCGCUCGGUCGACUCGGCCUCAGGGUCGAGGCUGCCUUCGGCGCCCCCAGGGACGUGGAGUGGGCCAUCUCCCAGGACAGCAUCUACCUGCUGCAAGCCCGUCCCAUAACCUCCCUCGACGCCUGGUCCGACUUUGAGAUCGUGCACGAGUUCGACUCCCCUCGGAACUGCGACCCGGAAGUGUUCACCACAGCUAACCUGGGGGAGGUGAUGCCCGGAGCCAUGAGUCCGCUGUGCCUGUCGACGCUGGUGCCGGCCGUGAACCGUGCCUUGGAGCGCACUGUCUUCGACACGGACACCGGCAACGCUCAUUUGCUCGUCACCGCCCACGCGCACGUGUUCCUCAACGUGCUGCUGACCACCCUGGUGAAAGUCGGGGAGAAGCUGACCAUGGCCAACCGGGUGACGGAGGUGGGCGUGUUCGGCCACAGCGUGGUCACCCCGGAACUCCACCGCCUGGCCGUGGACAGGAGCGGAGCCACCGGCAGGGGCGCCCAGAUGCUGACGCUCGCCAAGAUGUUGCUGAUGCUUUUGACCAGCAAGAGGAAUGUCGAAGAGGCAAGGAAGUUAGCCGAGGAUCUGAAGAUUGACACCCACUCAUCAACUGCUGAUGUUCUUUAUGAGGACAUUACAACCGGUCUUCAAGUUCUGGACCAAGUAGCUCUGCUACACUCCCAGGUGACUGGUGGAAACACUUUCAUCGAGAUUGUUCUGCUGACAAUCCUGAUGGAAGGCAAAGAAGAGUUUGAAAUGGAGCAUUAUAGUGAUAUCUCCAUGUUGCUGUCUUCAUGUACGAACGUUGUAUCAGCAGAUGUUCCUUCGGAUCUUAAGGAAGUGGCCAGGCUGCUGGAGCGGAACGGGCGAGCCGAGGAGUUCCGCAGCACGGCGCCGUGCCAGGCGUACCCCUGGCUGCAGGCACACGCCCCCCAGGCUGCCGCGCGGCUGGCCCAGUUCCUGUCUCGGCACGGCCACCGCGGCAUCAAGGAGUUUGAUUUUGCCACAGAGACGUGGGGGCUGGACCCCAGUGCACUGAUGCCGUCGCUGCAGUCCAUGGGCGGGACCCUCGGCCCGGACGGGGACGCCGCCUCGCGGGAGGUGCUGACCGCCGGGCAGACGGUCAACAAGCUGACCACGCCACGGAAGACAGGGACCAAGCUGGCGCUGCGCUGCCUGCUGCCCGUGUGCCGCGCCAGCGUGUCCCGCCGGGAGAGCACCAAGUCCAGCCUGGUGCGGGUGGUUCACCAGCUGCGGCUGGCGUACCGCGAGCUGGGACGCCGCAUGGUGCGGGAGGGACUCCUGCCGGACCCCGCCCUCGUCUUCUUCCUGUCGCACUACGAGCUGCGCGAGCUUCUGCGAGCCCGCAGCCCGCUGCUGCUCACCAAGGCCACACGUAGGCAGCGGCUGUGGUCCCAGUUGGACAAGCUCACCUUCCCGGAGAUAACCGUCGGCACGCCAGUCCCUAUUGAGCGCGCGGCCCCCGAGGCAGGCGGCGGGAACCUGCGCGUGGUCGGCACGCCAGUCUACCCGGGCACCGUCGUGGGGCGAGCCUGCGUCAUACAGCACCUGGACCACAUCUCGCUGCUGCAGGCGGGAGACGUGCUGAUCACCCGCUCCACCGACAUCGGCUGGAGCCCCUACUUCCCCAUUCUGGGCGGAGUCGUCACUGAGCUGGGCGGCAUCAUCUCGCACGGCGCGGUGGUGGCCCGUGAGUACGGCCUGCCCUGCGUGGUCGGGGCCCAGGGAGCCACGUCAGCCUUCCACACAGGUGAUCUGGUUCUCCUCACCGGCUCAAGAGGAACAAUCGACAGAAUACAACAAAGUGAUGUGGUAGUAGAAUGAGUCUAAAGAAACAGUGGUAAGCUUAAGGGCAGCGGUGUAGUGUGUUUGUUGUUAGCUCUGUUAUGACCACCUCUGUAUUACAACCCCUUUUUAAGGAAAUAUGAAAAAUUUUUGUUUAAAAGUCAAACAUUUGAAAUAA